UUCUACAUUAUUAGUUGAAAUGCUUUCCAAGAAAUCUGCCAAAAAUGUAAACGAGGGCGUGGUUGGAAAAUAUGUGAAGAGAGACACACCUCCAAUAUUGAGAAACUAUCACACACCAGUGAGGCAAGGGACCAGUUUCCAGAAAAGAAGCAAGCAAUCACAAUCUUCAUAUAUCCCACAACCACACAUAGUGACUGCUCCCCCUCCAGUUAGGCCACCUCCAACUUCCAGCCAUGUUUAUUCUCCACAUGCUGUUGCAGCAUAUCACCAAGCACGGCACCAUUAUGUGCCUUCAGCGCUCCCAAGGACUACAUCUACAGGAGAACAGGGCAUAAGCCAUUCAUUCCAGAACUUGCAGAUUUCAAGUGUUCAGACACAAGGGCAGAAUGUACUGGCUUCAAGUCAGCCUAACAUAGCUAAUAUUGCAAGGACUCCUAGUUUUGGUGCUAAGGAUGGACAGCCCUCUUUGAAUAGGGCACACAGUUUUGGAUCCCACGAUGUGACAGGUGCUCCCUCCAGAUCUCAAGGGUAUAAUAGUGCUGUGGAGCAGCAAUUAGGAUCGCAUGCCCCUGGAAUUGUGCAACAUAAAGAUGAUAUAGACCAUUCAGAUAUAAAACAGCAUUACCAGCAUCCCUCUGCACCAGAACUAAUCAGCUUACAAAGUAAUGAUCAGUAUCAGCAAAUGUUUGAUGAGAACUAUCAGAUCCAACAAUAUCACAGGCAAAUUAGGAACCAGUACAUGCAACAGAGUGAGCAAAAGCAUAUGGGACCAGUGCAAACAAAUUUGACCAACUUUAGACAAGACAGCCGGCCAAGUGUCAGCAGUGCAAAUGCUGCUGCUGCCUCAGGGGCUGCUUCAAGUAAUCACAGUGUGCUCCAGGCAGGUAGUGAGCCUGCUUUACCCCAGGGUUGGUCUGUAGACUGGACCAUGAGAGGGAGAAAGUACUAUAUAGACCACAACACACAGACCACCCACUGGAGUCAUCCCUUGGAAAAAGAAAGCUUGCCAACUGACUGGGAGAGGAUAGAAUCACAGGAACAUGGGGUGUACUAUGUGAAUCAUACAACAAAGACGGCGCAGUACUGGCAUCCUGGUGCUCCCCCCUUGCCCCAAUACAGCAGAGCUCCCCCCUAUGUAAACCCCAACGCUCAAUUGUCUCAGCAAGGAGCAGAACCCAGGCCACAGAGCAAUGUUCUUGUGCCAGCCAAUCCAUACAACACCAUGGAAAUACCAGAGUGGUUGUAUGUAUAUUCAAAAGCACCAUCAGAGCAUGACCAUAAGCUAAAGUGGGAAUUGUUUCGCCUGCCAGAGCUAGAAGCAUAUGAUGCCAUUCUCAAUAGACUUUUCAAACAGGAGUUGGAAGAAAUUGUCAUGGGAUAUGAAGAAUACAGGGGAGCAUUAUUAAAAGAAAGAAACAAAAAGACAAUGGCAGAACAUCUUCAGCAACAGCAUCAGUUACAGUCACAGCAAAACCAACACUUGCAGCAACAACAAUAUACACAACAGCAACACCACACACAACAACAACAACAGGCCAUACAGCUACAACAACAACAUCAGCCGCAACAACAACAACAGCAAGUGCAACAGGGCCUUCAACAAAUACACCAACAGCAGCAACAGAAACCCAAAGAUCCCACAUCACAAACACAUGCAGGAGUUGUGGGACAAAAUAUAGAAACUAAGGUGUGA